AUGGGGUUCGGAAGUCCUGGUGGCGCCGCCGUGCCUACUAAACCUACGCCUCCCGAGCGUGGCAGUUUCCCUCUCGACCACGAAGGCGAAUGCAAGCACCUAAUCUCCAGCUACCUGAAAUGCCUCAAAGGCAGCCGCGGCGUCAAUGACGAGGAAUGUCGGAAACUGGCUAAGGGGUAUUUGGCCUGUCGUAUGGACAAGAAUCUGAUGGCGCCGGAUGAUUUCAAGAACCUCGGACUGGUCUUUGACAAGCAGGAGGGUUCGAACGGGGCGAACGCAGCGGCGACGUCGAGUGACGGGACAGGGACAAAGCCGUGA